AUGUCAUUGAAGGUGCAGACAAGCAACAUCACGAACAAGAAUGACCCCAAGUCCAUCAACUCUCGAGUCUUCAUUGGUAAUCUCAACACAGCUGUGGUCAAGAAGUCAGAUGUGGAGACCAUCUUCUCCAAGUACGGCCGGGUGGUGGGCUGCUCCGUUCACAAGGGCUAUGCCUUCGUACAGUACUCCAACGAGCGGCACGCGCGUGCUGCCGUCCUGGGUGAGAACGGGCGUGUGCUUGCUGGCCAGACGCUUGAUAUCAACAUGGCUGGGGAACCUAAACCCAACAGACCUAAAGGGCUGAAGAGAGCAGCCUCCGCGUUGUACAGCGGCUACGACUUUGACUACGACUAUUACAGGGACGACUUCUACGAUAGGCUCUUUGAGUACCGGGGCCGAGUCUCUCCGGUGCCCAGGGUGGUUCCUGUGAAGCGGCCACGGGUCACCAUCCCCCUCGUCCGGCGCGUGAAGGCGACGCUCCCCGUCAAGCUCUUCGCCAGAUCGGCUGCCAUCGCCAACAGCUCGGCCAAGCUGAAGCUGAAGUGCAGUGAACUGCAAACAAUCAAAACAGAGCUGACACAGAUCAAAUCCAACAUUGAUGCUCUCCUGGGCCGGCUGGAGCAGAUUGCUGAAGAGCAGAAGAUGUCGGCAGAGGUACGGAAGAAGGUGGACGGCAGCAAAAGUGAAAUCUCGCAGGAAGACACAGCAUCGGAGGCGGAGGUCAACACAGAGGAGCCGCUGAACGGGGACGAGGGUGAGGAAGAGGGUCUCGCACGGGAUGAGUGUGAAGAUGAACUGGAGAACAGCCAUUACACAGAUGCGGAGAAUGCCAGGCUACAGUAA